AAUGACGGCAGCGGGUGGUGCGCAUGCGCGUCGCCAAGUCCCGGCUGGCAGUGGUGCUGGGGCGGAGGGGUGCUGUGCCCGCAGUUGCCAGGCUGCGGCGGCCGCGGCGGGAUGGUGUAGCCGGACGUGCGAGCCGGCGGCGGGGCGCGGGCGGGGCCGAGAGGCCUGCAGGGCCGACGCCGCCCGACGGAUUCGAGUGCAGGGCAGCACGCUGAGGGGGCGGCGCUGCCUCCAGCCCCCGGCCCCGCGGCGGGAGGCCGCGCCCGCCAUGGCGGCCCGGGCGGUGCUGGACGAAUUCACGGCACCCGCCGAGAAGGCGGCGCUGCUGGAGCGGAGCCGCGGCCGCAUCGAGGGCCUGUUCGGUGUCAGCCUGGCGGUGCUGGGCGCGCUCGGGUCAGAGGAGCCGCUGCCUGCGCGCAUCUGGCUGCAGCUGCAGGGAAAGCAGGAGGCGGUGCACAGCGCCAAGGAAUAUAUUAAAGGAAUUUGUGAACCCGAAUUAGAAGAAAGAGAAUGUUACCCCAAAGCCAUGCACUGUAUUUUUGUUGGGGCACAGAGCCUGUUUCUAAAGAGCUUGAUUCAGGACACCUGUGCCGAUCUCUGCAUUCUGGACAUAGGUCUUCUUGGCAUCAGAGGAAGUGCAGAAGCUGUGGUCAUGGCUAGGAGUCAUAUCCAGCAGUUUGUAAAGCUUUUCGAGAAUAAUGAGAACUUACCCAGCAGUCAGAAAGAAUCAGAGGUAAAAAGGGAGUUUAAACAGUUUGUGGAAGCCCGUGCUGACAAUUAUACAAUGGAUUUGUUAAUUUUGCCCACUUCCUUGAAAAAAGAACUUUUGACACUCACACAAGGUGAAGAUAAUCUGUUUGAAACAGGAGUUGAUGAUGCUAGUGAUACAAGAAAUUCUGGACAAACAGAGUUUUCACAAAAUGCUGCCACAGGGUUAAAUACUUCCAGUGAUGAAAUUGUUUUGCAGGAAGAUGCAAGAAACAAAGCCGGGACUCCUGUUUCUGAGCUUACGAAACAAAUGGACACAAUCCUUUCCAGUUCAGAAGAUGUAGUUUGUGUUCCAAUAAAUGGUCAAACCCUUGAAGGAGAGGUGUUUUCCAAAGACAGAGUUUGUCACAAAAGAAGAUCUUCUGAUUCUGAAGAAAGGCACACAAAGAAACAAUUUUCUUUGGAAAAUACUGAAGAGGGGGAGCUUUUACCUGGUGGUAAGACAUCAGCCGAAAAUGAAAUCAUCAAUCUUUCUGAUUCUUUCGCUGAUUCUGAAAACUUAAGUCCAGAUGUAAAGGACACUACUGAGGAAAUGGAAUACAACAUCCUUGUAAACUUUUUUAAAACCAUGGGCUAUUCCCAAGAGAUCGUUGAAAAAGUCAUUAGGGAGUUUGGACCAUCUACUGAACCAUUACUGCUCUUAGAGGAAAUUGAAAAAGAAAAUAAAAGAGCCCAACACAGAGAGUGUUUGCCAGGUACUAUGUAUCCAGAGACCAAUAACACCAAAAAUAAAGGUAUUUAUAGCAGCGUACAUGAGCUUGCAACAGAUUCAACUCCAAAGAAAAAAAAUCUCACACAGCAAAAUGUGGUAGAAAAGUUUUCUCAGUUACCAUUCAAAGUAGAAUCAAAACCAUGUACCUCAGAUUGCAAAAUUAAUAACUUUAGAACAGCAGUGGAACAGAAAAAAGAAAUCUGGAGUUCAAAUCAGAGCUAUGUUUGUAAUGUAGAUCUUGAAACGGAUGGCCUUUCACCCUCUGUUGCUCCUGCAAGUCCCAAAGAAGCAGUCAGUUUUGUUUCAAGAGGAGCUUCAAGUCACCAGCCUCGAAUUCCAAUUUUCUCUGAAAAUGGUCUGCAGCAGCAAGUAGAACCCUUACUACCAAAUAUGAAGUCUGCCUGUGAAAACCGUUCAGGAUAUUGUACCUCUCCUCAGUCUAAACCAAAUUGUCCACCUCUUUCUCCACCAAAGCUGCUACCCCACUUUUUUCCUUCAGUUACUGAUGCAGGGCCUUCUGAUUAUAUUGAUUCCUCAGUUACAGGGGUUCAAAGGUUUCGAGAUACUCUGAAAGUACCCUACAAACUGGAACUAAAAAAUGAACCUGGGAGAACAGACUUGAAGCACAUUGUUAUAGACGGGAGCAAUGUUGCAAUUACCCAUGGUCUGAAAAAGUUUUUUUCUUGUCGUGGGAUUGCAAUUGCGGUUGAAUAUUUUUGGAAGCUUGGCAACAGAAACAUCACUGUAUUUGUCCCACAGUGGAGAACGAGGCGUGAUCCUAAUGUCACAGAACAGCACUUCUUAACCCAACUCCAGGAGCUUGGAAUAUUAUCUUUAACUCCUGCUCGGAUGGUCUUUGGAGAAAGAAUUGCUUCUCAUGAUGACAGGUUUCUACUACACUUAGCAGACAAAACUGGUGGCAUAAUUGUAACAAAUGAUAACUUCAGAGAAUUUGUAACUGAGUCAGUCUCUUGGAGAGAAAUUAUUACAAAAAGAUUGCUUCAGUAUACCUUCGUGGGGGACAUUUUCAUGGUUCCUGAUGAUCCUCUAGGAAGAAGUGGGCCUCGACUAGAAGAAUUUCUUCAGAAGGAAGGCUUCCUUAGAGACAUGCAUCCCCUGCUCAGUGCCCUGCCAGCUAUGGGCAUGUUUGACCCCAACUUCAGAGGCCCCAACACCCAGGCAGCCAACACCAGCCACCAAGCUCCAGCCCGGAUUCAGGGUACCCCACGUAGUCACUGGCUUCCUCCACAGCCCCCCUUCCCAAUUCUGCCAAAUCUUCCCAAUCUCCAGCAGAAUCUGCCCAUGCCAGCACAGAGGUCUUCUAUAGAAACCAACGAGCUAAGGGAGGCCCUACUAAAGAUCUUCCCAGACUCAGAACAGAGACUGAAAAUAGACCAGAUUUUGGUGGCCCAUCCCUACAUGAAAGACCUGAAUGCACUCUCUGCCAUGGUGUUGGAUUGAAAGUUUUUACAAGCUGGAGCUCUGGCUGAAGAUCUCAUUCAAGCCAGUGUAUGCACACAUCGGCAAGAAGUGACAUAAUGUGAAGAAACUGAUUUCCCAGUGGAAAUGCUAUUGUAGUGUAUAGGAAAAAAAAAAAAAAAGAAGAAGAAAAGAAAGAAAAAAAGUGUUUUGUGUGUAAAAAAAAAUCUGGGUUUUCAGAACCAGCUUUUUUCUAUAUAUAAAUUAUGCUGCUACUACAGAUUUAACAUUUUCUGUAAAAGGAAAGUCUACAUUUUCUGCCUGUUCAGAACUGUUUGAUAGCAGUUUCUCUUGAGUGUAUUUACAUUUUUAUGGUUUUUUAAACUAUUUUCCUUAAAGCUGAAAAUAUUGACAAAUGGAUAUGGUUUCUAAAUAAAAAAAAAAAAAAAGAGUUGCUUUCUUAGGGAAAGCAAGACCUCUUAAAGUAUAUUUUCUUGAGAUGACUAACAUGAAGUGUGCUCAUCCCUCCCAAUUCCUCUGCUGUUCCUCCUGAAUUAGAGUUUAUAGGAGUUGAUUUUGCUCCUGCGAGGUCUUUCACUGGAGAAUGGACAAGGGGUGCCACUAGAUGGCACGUUGUGUCUAUUAUCCACUGAUGGCCAAAGCAAAGUCAGACUCAGUAUCAGGGUCAAAAAAGAUGUCAGAGCUAUGUAGUCAACCCUCAUCCCCUCUCACCCUCCAGAAGAGGGAACUGAAGCUGAAAGUGAUCACUGCCCAUUUACACCCAAGUCUAAGCUGCAGAGUGGCCAAACAGGGACCAGAUUCCUCCUUAUCCAGUGCUCUGGCACCUUCACCAAGUUUAGGCUGCUGUAUACUUGACCUGACUCUAGAAGUCAGUCGAAGCUUCUGAAAGGGUGUGGGAUAUGAGGAAGUUUAGUGAAGAGCCCCACUAUUGUGGAAAAGUUUGUGUCUGCAACUAUGGGAGAUGUCCCAUGUGAACUUCAUGCAGUUUUACCAAAAAAAUAAAAAAAUUAAAAAAUAGUAAUAAAGAAAAUAAUUGGUUUUGAGAAUUAUCUAAGCCAAUAAAUAGCAUUAGUAACUUCCGUGGGGUCUUAGAAACCCUGUAUUUAUUCUUCCUGUUUGUUUCUUUAGUGUCCUAAGCACCCUUCCUUGUUACUGUCUUAGAAUUGAUACCUUCUAUUGUCUGUUAUCAGUGUUGCCCAGUCUGUGCCAAUGAAAUUAUUUUUUUCUGGAUAUUUUCUGGAUGUUAAUUCCUAACAUCUUUACUGUUGUUCUCUGAAUCUUCAAAGGGCUCUGUAUUUUAUAACUGUUGCUUCCCCAGGCUGUUCAUGGUCAUUUUCAUAUCUGUCCUGCAGAUCUCGUCUCUCCUGACUCCCAGAAGCACUGAGAACUCAGUGCUGGCUUUUUUUUUCAUGGUGAGGGAAUUUUGUUUACCACAAACAGAGUUGAGUUGAGUGGCUCCCUGGGCUGUUUAGAACCCCCGCCCCCCCACAUUCCUCAGAGGAAGAGCCCACAGUCCUCUCUAGUUAGUCAGAAUCAUAGUUUAGUUAUGUGUCUUCUUGGAUGUCUCUAAGAUGCAUCCUCAUGUGUAACUGUCAUCUGUUGUUUGGGGCAGGUUACCCAACUCAUCCUGUUUUGCACGUGGAAGUAGAAGGCUUAAGGCAUGUCAUAGAGUGACUCAGUAGUCACUGCCACCAGUGCCUCAGUUUGGAACUGGUGGCUCUUAAAAGCACAGCAGAGAUGUUCGAUCUCAGACUGUCUUGGAGCGACUCUGGCCUUCUGGGUCAGGGUUUGGCCAAGCCUCCUUGCUAAUCCAGUAUUUCUCCUGUUUCAGAGAAGGACCAGUGAGGUGCAUCUUGAUUGCUAAUAUACAGGUUUUUCUGGAAGGGAAUCCAGUCUUCAUUGAUGCCAGUGGGAGCUGGCUCAGCCAGGGGGGUCAAAAGUUACUUAUACUCUGGAAGUAAGUUGACCUUUGACCAUACACAGAAGUAUGUGAAGCCCUGUAUUAGCUUGAGAGUUCUUCUUGCCCCUAUCCUUUCUCAGGCAUGGGCGAAAAAGGACACAGAAGACUUAAGUUGGAGAAAAUCAGGAAAGUUUUAAAGUUUAUUUACCUUGAUAAAGUAUUAGCUUGAUGAAUUAUAAACAUGAAGCCCAUUUUAUUAUUCUUUCUGAAAUUCUUCAAGUUUAGUUGAAUUUGCUACUUAAAAACUUAGUUUUCAUGCCAUUUUUUAAGUCACUACCUGUUUAAAAGUCGCCUGACCUCUUAGUACUAGGCUCAGUGUUGAUUCUGUAUUUGUCUGUGAUAGUAGAAAGGCUCAGUUGAUUUCCAAUGCUUCUACCACCUGUUUCUAAACUGCUACCUUGUGUCUGCAGCAGUGCUGACUUGUAACUCCUUUAGGCUUUUAUGCUUAGAAGUGGUUCCACAUGCUGUUCCCCAGUUUUCCUGUGAAGUGAGAGGCAAUGUGGAGAAUGUCAUUCUCAUUCAGCCAAGUGGGAUCUAGUGCUCUGCUCAGAGAGGUUGUCUAGGGUUCAAGUAGGGAAGUUGGGCAGUGAUAUGAAUGUUUUCUGGGCCCCUAUUAUUUCCCAAUCCAAGACUCCUUUGACCUUUCUGUUACAUAGCCUGUGUUUAAGUCCCUGUAGGCUGCUGGCCAGGACUACAGUAAGUGUGUUGUCUGAAACUCUUAGCUGUGUUGCCAGGGACUUGGACCUGUUGUAGCUUUUGAUGUCAGAGCAGGAGUGGAGCUGUGCUUAGGCUUGUGGCAUUUGUGGAAUGUCAUCUACACAAAGAAACCCAUGCUCUCCAUGAUGCUUUUUGCAUUCCACUCCUGUUCUUACCAGACACACUCUGCCUCUCCUUCACCCUGGGAAAGUAUCCUCAGACAUGGGACCUGUGAAGCCAGUACACCCCCAUCCCUCCAUCCCCCCCCCUCCAGAUACCAGCCUGACUCCCCUAUGCCUCUAACAUGUGGCCACCUUCUAACAUUCCAUAGCUACAGCCACCAUCCCAGGAUUUCCAUAUCUUCACCUUGCCUUUCCUGAAGCCAUAGCUACAGUUCAUUGUUACUCAGAUUCACUUUAUUUCUUUAUUCUGUCCAUUACCACCCUCCACCAUUAUUUCAGAUCCUUUAGAUUAAAAUAAAGUAGCCUGAUUGCCCUGUGCCUAAGAAUCAUCUCCAUACAUCCCUACUUUCUCUUUCCUUGCUACUCUUCACUUCCUGUUAGUUCCUACCUCACCACAUAGAAAUAGUGUAGGAAAAGCUGUCAAAGACCAUCCAACUGCUAGAUUGGGCAGUUUUUUUCUCAAUCUUUAAUCUUAGUACCCACAUUCACAGACUAUAGCAUUUGACUUUUUUUUUCUUCAUUCUUUUAGUGUCACUGAGGCCUUCUGUGGUCUGUUUCACCAUUCCAGACCAACUUUUUCAGAUAGAGACAGAAGUAGAGACACCACCAAAAAGCAUUUUCUGGUAUCAUAGUUUUGCUGUGUGGUACAAGGGGCUUGAACCUAGGCUAUACACAUGGCAAGGCAUGUGCUCUACCAGCUGAGCUGUCUCUGGCUUUUUUAUUUUGGCAUUUUGAACCUUGCUUUUUUGCUAUAUCUUAAGGUUUUUCUAACUGUUCUUCAUUCCUUUUUUUGGCUUUAUUAAAAAGCCAAGGUUUAUCACCCAUGUAUUUCUUCACAAAGGAUUCUGAAAGUUUGGACCAGCUGUGGGAUUCACGGUGGAGAGGAAAGCUCUUUAAGAAAAAUGCAGAUUACUAGGCACUAGCCCGAGUGGUGUUUAUUCAAUAGUAGCUCUGGAGUAAUGCCUAGAAAUCUGCAGCUUUAGCAAGCUCCAUGGAUGAUUCCCAAACAGGUGGUCCCUGGACCACACUGGGUAAAAAAACUUGUGUGAAAGACUUCCCUUUUUCCAACUCCAUCUCAGAGCCAUGUGGCAUUCUCACACGCACUCCCAGCCUCCCAGCCUGCAUCAGUUCUCUCCUUUCUCACCCCACCAUGCCAUGAGCGCCCAUCACCUGUUCCUGUACUUGCCCACUAGUCAUGGUUUCCCUGUGGUUGUUACCCUGUCUGCCUCUCAACUUUCCCCCUCUCCCUCCCAGACUCCAUAGCUUUAUCUUUCUGGUCACGCUUUUUCCCGCUCAGUGAUCUUCAAUGCCCCUCCUGACCACAACACCCAAGUUCAGUCGCCCUGAGCUCAGUUUCCAUGACUGUCCACCUCACAACCAUUCUCCAUCUCUCACUUUGUAUAGCCCUAUCCAGAUGCCUGUGCAGACAAAUGUUUCCUCUCAAUUACCUCUUUCUGCUAGAAACAUCCUUUCUCCCAAAUGGCAUCCCCCUUCAGAGGCCCAGCCCUGAGUCUUUAGACCUUUGCCCAGUGCUUCUGACCAGAAGCAAUGCUGUGGUGUUCGGCGACCUCAUAGCAGUUAUGUCUUGCUUUUGGCACUUGUCACCCUGGCUGGUGUCACUGCAGCUGAUUGUGUACUGUGUCUUUAUCCUUCCUACUAGACUGUGAGCUCCUCGCGGGCAGGGUCCAUCUGUGUUCAUUAUUUCCCAUGGCACCUAGCACAGUGCCUUGCACUCAGUAGGUGCUCAAUAAACGUCUGCUCAAUUGAA